AUGAUCACCCUCAUCUUAUCCACCUUCUUCCUGCUCUACCUAUUCUGGCACUUCUACUACAAACGUCGCGCCUACCCUCCAGGACCCACGCCCAUUCCAUUUCUGGGGAAUCUGGUACAAGCCGCCUCCAGAUGUGUUCGUGGAAUGGAAACAGAAGUACGGUGGGAUCUACACGAUAUGGUUCGCGGAACGACCGGUCGUUGUGUUGGCGGAUUACAACUUGAUCAGCCAUGCCUUGGUGGGGAUGAACGAGCCGGUUGUCAGGAGGAUUAACUCUGACGAGUUCAACGCUAAUUACAGAAGUAGGAAGAAAUUUUGUUUACAGAGCCGAAAAUGGCAAGAACUUUCUUUACAAAACAAAAAAUGGCAAGAACUUUCUUUACAAAACACAAAAUGGCAAAAACUUUCUUUACAAAACAAAAAAUGGAAAGAACUUUCUUUACACAAUAAAAAAUGGUAAGAACUUUCUUUACAGUGUCGAAAAUGGCAAGAACUUUCUUUACAAAACAUAAAAUGGCAAGAACUUUAUUUCCAGCCCCUAUAACAACAAUAACAUUUACAUUUCAGCCGGCAACAAUGGUAUCAUCUUUAUCAGUGGCGACGAAUGGCGUAACAACCGUCGCUUCAGUCUGCACAUACUGCGCGAGUACGGCAUGGGCAAGAACUCGAUGGAGGAGAAAAUAACGGCCCAUGUCAUGGACCUGCUACAAAUCCUCGAAUCGACCAGAAAAACCGAAUAUUCAACCGAAAUUACGGCCAAAAUCAACCGGUCGGUGGCGUCGGUCAUCAAUUUGGUAUUGUUUGGGUAUCGGUUUGCGGGUGAUAAGGCGGCUGAAUACGAUGUAAUGGAACCUAUUGUACAUUCACAUAUGCAGGUGGGUAUUGAGAGUACUAAAUUUUAGGGUUUGGUACCGAAAUUAAACGUUUGGUACUAACUAAACGUUGAGCAUACCCAUACCCCUACCUUAACUCCUACCUCUAAACGAUAGUACCGAAAACGCUACUUUUACUAGUACUGUUCGAAUAAUAGUACCAAAACUCAAUUUCAAGCGCCAAUUUUGCAAUACAAGUACCAAUAGUAGCAAAACUAAAUUUUAAGCACCAUUACUGAAAUAUUAAUACCAGUAGUACCAAAACUCAAUUUUAAGCACCAUUACUGAAAUAUUAAUACCAGUAGUACCAAAACUCGAUUUUAAGCACCUUUACUGGAAUAUUAGUACCAGUAGUACCAAAACUCAAUUUUAGUACCGAUAUUUCAGUGUUAUUAAUAAUAGUACCAAAAUUUAAGUUUAAGCACCAAUAUUGCUGUAUUAGUACCAGUAGUACCAGAAAUCGAUUUUUAGUACUAAUAUUUGAAUAAUAGUACUAGUACUUCAAAGUAAAAAUCUUAGUACCAAUAAUAUUAGUACCAGUAGUACCAAAACACAACUUUAGUACUAUUAUUCUAAUAUCAUUAAUAGUACUUCAAACUACUACUAUUAGUACCAUUAAUAUGAAUUAUAGUACCAAUAGUACUUCAAUCUCAAGCCUCAAUACCAUAGCUCCAUUAAGGUACCAUAUCAAUAACAGUGUAGGUACCAAACCACCCCCCCCAUAUGCAAAUUUUUCAGGCCAUCAACUUGUACAAAAAGCUGCCAUUCUUUUCCGGUGCCUUGAAGCACAUGAAAGAGACGGCCGACGAGCUGGGCGCCUUCCUCCGCGCCCGCGUCGACGAACACGAACAAGUGUUGGAUAUGGACAGCGAGGGUCAGCCAUUGGACUAUGUGGAGAGCUAUUUGAAGGAAAUGUAUCGCCGCAGGGAAAACGACGAGAACGACGAGGUUUUUAGGGAACAUUAGGGUCAUUUUUGGUUUGUAAAGAAAGUUAUUGCCACUUUUUGUUUUGUAAAGAAAGUUCUUGCCAUUUUUUAUUUUGUAAAGAAAGUUAUUGCCAUUUUGAGUUUUGUAAAAAAAGUUCUUGCCAUUUUUUGCUUUGUAAAGAAAGUUCGAUUUUUACAGUAAAAAGAUUAAUUUCCAUUGCACUGUGCAGCAGCAGAUUUUUUUCGCACAGUGCAACAAAUUUUCUUUUUUGCAUUGUGCAAUUUGGAGCGUAUUUUAGGUAACAAAUGUGGAUAAAUGUUUUAAUAGGGACUAAUAUAAAGCUAUUAAAACAAUUUUUACUUUGAGGGCAUUAAAAAGAACGGCACUAUAAAUUUUUAAAAAAUUACUGCACUGUGCAAAAAACUCGUUUACACCGUGCAGAGAAAUUAAAAGUUUUGGCCAUUUUAUUAUUUGUAAAGAAAGUUCUGCUUUUAAAACAAGUUUUUUCAGCCGACAAGCCCUAAUCGACAUCUUAUACGACCUCUGGCUGUUAGGCCAAGAAACCAGCUCAAACACGAUCGGUUUUACCAUAGCCUACUUGGCCAAUAAUCCCGAAAUCCAGGACAACAUGUACAAAGAAUUCGAAAGUGUCACAGGAGAUGGACUAGUCCAAACCAACUACCGUAACCAGCUACCGUACUUUGCAGCCGUACUGUUGGAAUGCCAAAGAAUCGCGAACAUUGUGCCAUUAUCGAUUAUGAGAGAAUUUCAUAAAGAUACAGAAAUAGGAGGGUAUACCAUACCGGCUGGUACUGCCAUGUUACCACAGAUUUGUGUCUUACAUCAUGAUCCGGCGGUAAGUGGGAAGGGAUGUAAAUAUCAACAACGCCAAGCUUUGAUACCUAUAACAAUAUAAAACAGCUCAUUUCAAUAUUUUAAACGUUUCGAUCAACCUCAAGCGUUUUAUAAAUGUAUUAAAAAUGCUUUUAGCUAUCUUAUUUUGUCAGUUUCGGUAUCCUCUACAAUAUUUGAAAUUUGUUAUGAUUAAACCAAGAACAAGACAUCAAAUCUUGAUACCUAUAACAAGAAAAAACAGCUUAUUUCGCUGUGUUAUACCCUAUAAAAACUUACAAAGUCAAUAUUGUUAGGUUCGCAAAACUAUUUUGAUUAAUAAAAAUACUAUUUCAAACAACAGUUUACAGAAUCCAAGCCACGAUAUUGUUUUAGGUCUUCCCAGACCCAUACAAAUUCGACCCUAACCGCUUUUUGAAUCAAGAUGGCAGUUUGAAAAAGGUGGAUGAGUUAGUACCAUUUAUGUUGGGACGUCGUGCAUGUCUUGGUGAAGCUUUGGCCAGAAUGGAACUCUUCUUAUUCAUCGGCAACCUCUUCAAAAGCUUCAAAGUAUGUUGACAUUGAUCUAAAUUUCGCGCAAACAAAAUUUAUUAAAACUUACUUGUAUUUUUAACUUAUAAUUGAAUGAAUUUGUCAAAAUAUACUGUUUUAGAUCCUGCCUGACGAAAAUGAACCAAUUGACUUGACGAGAAAUUGGGGAGAAACCGUCUGCAUUAACCCAUUCAAAGUCCGAUUGAUACCUAGAACAUGAUAUAAAUGUGCAGAAUAUUAUUGUUAUAAAUUUUUAUAUCAGUAUUUGAUUAAAAUACUUUAUCAAUCAUUUUUUCGAUCAACAAAACUGACUUUACCAAAAAAAUCUUUUUUAUUUAUUUUCUGCACGCCGCGCCCACGCUCCUGCAGCCUGCACUUGCUUCUGGCUUGACUUGUUUUCGUGGUGGGACUAAAAAUAUAUAUUUUAGCGCCAUAAAAAUUAUAUUUUUGACUCUUUGGUACCUUUCUUAUUGUUAUAAAGUAGUAGUGUUUGUAAAAUUUUCAAUUUUUUACAGAUGGUAAGUUUAUAUUGAUUUUUUUUGGUAUAUUAUCUUUAAAUCAAUCGUUUGCUGUUUAGAAAGGAGAAUGAAGAGAUUAAUUUAAAGUUUUAGUUUUAUUUUAUGUUUAAAAUUAAUUUUUUAAAACCUAAAGGUGUAAGACAAAAAUUUUAAGUUGAAAAUUGAAGAACAAUAAAUUUUAGGUAAUAAAAAUUGUGUGACAUGUCAAUCUUACAAAUUAAUCAGUAUAACAUUUGUUUUUAGGUUCGAACGCCAGCCCGAGAGUCACAAACACCAACUCCAGUACGGUCUUCACGUCGGUUGAGAAAAGCAACGCCAGAGUUUGAUGCAAAAGGUAAUAUUCUUUAAUUAUCAUUAAUUCUUUUCUGUUUAGAUCUAGACUCUUUAAGAAGAAGUCCUUCACGUAGCCGAAGUCCUGCCAGAACUGCGGAAAGAACAAAGUUGUCAGCAAAGAGGAUUAGUUUCGGAGCUGGAGAUGGGAAUGUAAAAGAAGGAGAAGAUCAAGGAAUAGAAGAUCACGUUGGUAAAGGUCAGAAGGUGGAGACACCAAAAACGGUUAAGAGAAGUCCGGCAAAGGCUUUGAAGACACCUUCUUCUGCUAAGAAAGCAAAGAAAUCUCCAAAAUCAGUCGAGAAACUUUUAGAAAUUGAGGAAGACGAUCAAGUUGAAGAAGAUGAAGCUCAGAAGGUGGAAACACCAAAGACUGCUAAAAGAAGUCCGGCAAAAGCAUUAAAAACACCUUCAUCAACUAAAAGCGCUAAGAAGUCACCUAAAUCGGUUGAAAAAGCUGAAAGAACGUUACCUUUAGAAAGUGUGGAAGACGAUCAAGUUGAUGAAGAUGAAGACCGGAAGGUGGUGACACCGAGAUCGGCUAAGAGAACUCCUGCCAAAGCUUUGAAGACGCCUUCACCGACUAAAGAGGCUAAAAAAUCUCCAAAAACGGCCCAAAAAUCUCCAAAAACGGUCCAAAACACGCCAAGAUCGGCUAAAAAAGCUGACAAAUCCUUGGAUACAGAUGAUGAAGAAGUUGAGACAGAACCAGAAGUACUUGUACAAGUUCAAGAUGAAUUGCAAGAUCAACAAAAGUUGAACAAAAGUAAGGAAGACGUGAUAACAUUGGAAGAUGAUGAUGAAGAUUCAAAAGAUCAAGGUGUAGAGGUAGAUGAUCAAGAAGAUGAAGUUGAAAGUCAAGGAGAAGAAGUAAAGGAUCAAGAAGUUGGGAUUGAGGAUGAAAAAGAAGAAGCAGAAGGUCAAGAUGAAGUAGCUGAGAAAGAAGAAGUAGAAGAAUUAGAAGAUGAAGAAGAAAUAGAAGACGAUGAAGAAGAAGAAGUUGAUGAACAACCCCAAGAAGAAAAAGUUCCAGACGAAGAGCAAGAAAAUGUCUUUGAAUCGACCGCCAACCUCACUACAAUGUCCAAUUUGUCCAAGAAGGUGCACUUCUUCGAGGACGUUGCUGAAGGUCAUAUUGAUGAAGACGAGUUGGAUGCAGAAAUGGAUGAAGAAGAAGCUGGAGAUGAACUGGAACAAGACGAUCUGAUGGAAGAUGGUGACGAAUUAGAAGAAGAAGACGAAGAAAUGGAAGUGGAUCAAAGAGAACUGGAGCCGUUGGGGUCGGAUGAAGAUGAGGAAGAUGUGACAAGGUUUAAGAGGGAACAGAAACAGGUAAGCUUUUGUUUUUUGGCAAGAACUUUCUUUACAAAACAAAAAAUGGCAAGAACUUUUUUUACAUAACAAGAAAUGGCAAGAACUUUCUUUGAAAAUCAAAAAGUGGCAAAAACUUUCUUUACAAAACAAAAAAUGGCAAGAACUUCCUUUACAAACUGAAAAAUGGCAAAAACUUUCUUUACAAAACAAAAAAUGGCAAGAACUUUUUUUACAUAACAAGAAAUGGCAAGAACUUUCUUUGAAAAUCAAAAAGUGGCAAAAACUUUCUUUACAAAACAAAAAAUGGCAAGAACUUCCUUUACAAAUCAUAUCGUAUAAGUUGUACUUUCCGUUGUUUUUUGAAAAAAUAAAUCCGGGUUGCGCCCACCGCGAAUUUCCCUAUUUUCCUUUUUUUCGACGUGCUAUAAAUACAAAAUUCUCAAAAGUUUUUAAAUUUUUAAAAUGAGAGACUUGUGAAAGUUGUAAUUUUUUCUCAAUUUUCAGAUGAAACAAGCCAUCAACAAGUUCGAAGACCAGAAUCUGGGCCCACAGCCGUGGGAGUUUGGCGGAGAGGUGAAGGCAACCGAACGUGAUCAAGAUGGCCUUCUAGAGAAGUAUGUUGAAGUCGAUUAUAAAGCCAAAUCAGCGCCGAUCAUCGACGAAGACGUGAAUCAACGGAUCGAAGCUAUUGUCAAGCAAAGGAUCAAGGACAAGGCCUUUGAUGAUCCGAUUCGAACAAAGCGUGUAGCACAGUCUCUUCAGACCUACCGUGCCAAAACAUUGGACGAUGUGGAGCGUAAGAGUCUCAUGGAGAUGUAUAAACAGGAGUAUAAGAGCAAGGUGGAUCAAAAAGACCAGAACGGUGGGUUUUUUUGGGAAAAGAUGGUUGAUAAGCCAUGUUGUUUUAGGUUUUUUGGCGGAAAUUUGAGUUUUUUGGUGGAAAGAUUAGUGUUUUUAGAUCAAAAAGUACGUAGAAAUGAAGGGCAUGGGUUUAGAAAUUUAUAGAAAUUAAAUUUUGAGGUUAAAAAAUUUAUAGAAAUUAGUGUUUUAGCGCAAAAAGGGUCUAAAAAUGGCCGGUUUUGGCUGAAAAGGUAUGAAAAUUUCAUUUUGGGCCGAAAAACCAUGCUAAUCACAACUUUUCUUGAUAUCUUCUUUUUCAGAUCAAGAUGAAGAAGCCAUGGAGCUGGACGACGAAUCCAAGCAAAUCAAAGCCGCCAUGGACUCUGUGUUCACGAAAAUUGACCAAUUAAGCCAUGCCAAGUUCCGGCCGAACGUCGCUGAUGAUGAACCUCAGUUAAUAGUCAAUAAGCCGGCGAUCCAGGUGGAAGAAGUUGGUCAGAAGGCUGCUACAGCUGCGGACGAAGACCUCUUGGCUCCAGAAGAGAUUAAGAAGAGAACCAAGGGGCUGAUGAAGUCAAAGGAAGAACGAGAUAAGACUGAUAAGCUGAGAGAACGCAGAAAGAAGAAGAAAAAAGCAGGGGUAAGUGAAAGGAUUGGUUAUUUUUUAGGGGUUUUUAGGUAAUAUUUUGAGGAUUUUGGGGUUUUUAAAUAAGUUGUUGGCUUUUUGUUAAAUUUUAGGUAAGAAAUUGGCUUGUUUUUUAAUUUUUAGGUAUGAUUUUGGUCUGAUUCUUAAAUUUUAGGUAAUAUUUUGGCUUGGUUUUCAAAUUUUAGUUAAUAUUUAGGCUUGUUUUUCAAAUUUUAGGUAAUAUUUUGGCUUGGUUUUCAAAUUUUAGUUAAUAUUUAGGCUUGUUUUUCAAAUUUUAGGUAAUAUUUUCACGAUUUUGCUGAAUUUUAGGUCACAAUUUUCAAAUUAAAAUCUUUUCAGAGCCCUAGUCAAGAAGGGAGUCAAGAAAGAAGGCGAAUACAAAGCGGCCAAGGAGCUGGAAGAGAAAGAAAGAUCAAAGAAAAAGGCCGUGAAGAAGGUCAAACAAGCCGACUUCUACGACAAGAUUCAAGAGCUGAAUCAACAAGAAUCUACAGACAAAAUGACCAAGGCCAAGAAGAUGAAGAAGGUUCAGAAGGCCAAGUUGCAGGGCAAGAAUGCGGCGGCUUACAAGUUGUAA